AUGGAAUCUCUUUGCCUUCUUGCACAUGGCCUCCAUGUCACUUACUCUACCAUCUCCCGUGGCACCGUCGCCUUUAGUAUUCGGGAACACACUGGCCCUGGCAACUGCCUCGUCAAGGAGGUACCGAGCCACAUGGAACUUCCCAAGCGGCCGGGUAUGUGCAGUGGACAGACUGUGGAUCAGGUCAGAGUCAAGGGAAAGUCUAAGCACGAUCUGUCGGUUCGCCCAGCCGUCGACUCCAGUGCUGUCAAGACGUAA